AUGAAGUUGUUCAAGUCCAUUCACAACUUCAACUACGAAUGGAGUCUGGUCUCUGCAGCCAAUUGGCAAAAAUACCCAAAUGAAAACUGUCCUCAUGUCCAGCAUGUCGAUGUCCUCAAUCGAUUCGUUGACCCUGAAACCGGAACUCUCACAACAGAGCGUAUUAUUACUGUAGACCAGAAAGUACCUUCUCUUUUACGUAGAAUUCUUGGUGCAGACACUACACAAUACGUUCAUGAAACAUCAACAAUCGAUCCAAAAACCAAAACAUUGAGUAUGAAGAGUAAAAACCUGACACUUUCCAACCUGUUGACGAUUGAAGAGACUAUUGAAUACACUGAACAUCCCGAAGAUCCCCAACAAACUCAGUUCACUCAACAAGCAGCCAUUUCUGCUGGUAGCCUGGUAUCACGUUGGUCUGGAAUUGUAGAAGAAUUGUCUCUCAAGCGAUUCAAGGACAAUGCGGCAGUUGGUAGAGAGGGUUUCUGUAAAGUAUUAGAACGAUUCGUUGUGAUGGCCGAAGCGCAACACAAACCAGUGUCCUCGACCACCGACACGACAAGCUAAAAUAUAACACAAAACGUACACGCACACGCAUAUAUACACAACUCAUACACACAGUACAUUCACUCACCCACUCACUCACUCACUCACUAUACACACACACACAUACAUAUAUAUAUAUAUAUAUAUAUAUAGAUAUAUGGGUGUGUGUAUACGUGUAUAAUUUGCACAUGUCAAAUUCUCUCUCUCUCUUUCUCAUCGUUCUUUUUAUUACUAUUUCUAACCCUAAAAAUUCCUAUUUAUCAUUUAUUUUCUUUCUUUUUGUCAUUUUGUCAUUUUGCAACCCCAAACCUCCUUCAUCAAAAGAAGAAGAAAAAUGAAUCAAAACUCACUCCAAAGGAAACCCAGAAACAAAAUCCAUUAGAUCAUACUUUUAUUAUUCGUAUUUUUAUUCUUGUUCUUGUCCUUGUUCUUGUUCUUUCAAACGCUCUAUUUCAUUCCACAGAAUUCAUAUAUAAUAUUAUCAGUAUUAUUCC